GAGCGAGGAGCCGGCGAGAAGCCCUCUCUCCCCGGAUGACGAGGGGCAGGAUAACAUGGAGUCCGGCAAGAUGGCGCCUCCUAAGAACGCUCCGAGAGAUGCCUUGGUGAUGGCACAAAUCCUGAAGGAUAUGGGAAUUACGGAGUAUGAACCAAGGGUUAUAAAUCAAAUGUUGGAAUUUGCUUUCCGAUAUGUGACUACAAUUCUGGAUGAUGCAAAAAUUUAUUCAAGCCAUGCUAAGAAACCUAAUGUUGAUGCAGAUGAUGUGAGACUGGCAAUCCAGUGUCGGGCUGAUCAAUCUUUUACUUCUCCUCCUCCAAGAGAUUUUUUACUCGAUAUUGCAAGGCAGAAAAAUCAAACCCCUUUACCACUGAUUAAGCCAUAUGCAGGACCCAGACUGCCACCUGACAGAUACUGCUUAACAGCUCCAAACUACAGGCUGAAGUCCUUAAUUAAAAAGGGACCUAACCAGGGAAGACUAGUACCGCGGUUAAGUGUUGGUGCUGUUAGUAGCAGACCUUCCACUCCUACUGUAGCAACCCCGCAAACAGCGUCUGUCCCAAAUAAAGCCGUACCUCCAGUGUCAGUGACAAGCCAAAGAUACACAGUGCAGAUUCCACCCUCUCAGUCCACACCUGUCAAAUCAGUUCCUGCAACAACUGCAGUUCAGAAUGUUCUGAUUAAUCCUUCAAUAAUUGGGCCCAAAAAUAUUCUUAUUACCAACAUGGUUUCAUCACAGAACAUGCCCAAUGAAUCAAACCCAUUGAAGAGAAAACAUGAAGAUGAUGAUGAUAAUGAUACUAUGUAGGGAGUACAAUCAAGAUAUAUUUCAGAAGUAUAAUUGGUUUGGAGCCCACUGUACUGAACUAGAAUAUUCUCUACCUUCUCAAGUUUUAUCUUAGAAAACUUAAAUGUAGAUUUAUUUUUCCUAUUAGCUUAAACUGUUAAUUUUUUUAAAUUGUUAGAUCUCUUAGGUAACCAUACCAGUGUUUUCUCAUUAGGACUCAAGUAAAAAAAAUUGUUUCUUAGUAUUUUGAUUAGUGUUUGAUUGUUUUCAGUUUCUACAGCCUGAUCAGUGGACUAGUCUUUUAACAGCAUAAUUUCUAAUACACAUUUAAAUACUACUUUCUCUUAUAGGGUAAAAUAGUCCUAAUUUUUGUUUUCACCAACUUUUUUGACCGAAGUUUUUUUUUUUUUUGGAAAGGAUGGAUUUUGAAGGGGUUUUAUAUUCAUUUGGAGUAUUUGUUUCUUGGUGUUCCCUAACCUCCCAUGUCCUCAACCCCAUUUCUAGAUCCCAUUCAUUUUCUGUACCACCUCUUCCCCAGAGGCUUAAGUUUCUCCCAAUACUCUCAGAAGGCUAAAACUGGAGUUUUAGAAGUGUAAUUCCAGAUAGUACAGUUAUACAGCUCAGUGUCAUUUUCCUAUUUUUAAAACCUGCUUUACAUGCCUUUACUGUUUUUCUCUUUAUACCAGAGGAGUUGAGUUUUAUCCAUUGCCUUUUAUGCUGAGCUUUACUCUGCCUUUAACACGUAGUUUGGGGUCAGUUACAGUUUAUCUUAUAUUCCAAGUCUGUAAUUCUAUUUCAUGUUUCUAAAGUUAACAUUUCUGAAUUUAGCAAAGAUGAUGCUAUAGCUUAAAAUCUGCCUUGAUAAGUAUAAUUACACUGGACCUAGGCAAAAAACACUGAAGAGCAAGUUUUUUUCUUCCUUUCUACCACAUACAUAUAUGCUACGAUCACUACUACUUGAACCCAUCUACUGGUAUAAUUCAUUUUUCUAGCUUGUUGCUGAGGAUAUCAUAUAUGAGAUGGGAGCAGAUCUGAAAGUUCUAUAAUGGUUUUCCUUCCUCUAGAAGGCCAACAACAAAAACAAGUCAAUAUAAUGUGACCUGCACUUAGGUGUGCUAUGCGUAGGCUUCCCAGUAAUGUUGCUGAAUACCUUUCCCUAUUUUCCAUGUGUACACAUAUAAACAUCUUAGUGUGAAAGACUACAAAGCUUUCAAAAAUAUAAACAGGGUUCUUGUUUUUAAGUAAGUUUGACAUUCAAUAUAGGAAAUUACUUUUGCAGAAUUUUCUAAAAAAUUUUUCAUAUCAUAUCGCAAUUUAGAACUUACAGCCAAGGAUCCUCAAAACUUAAAACACCAAGAAUGUUUCAUACUGGAGUGGUGCUUGACACACGGAAAGAGUCCAGUGACAGAAAACACAUGUCAUAUCACAGUUUGAGUUUUUUUGGAGAGUAGGAAAAAGGUGUUAUCAAACGUACAAAAAACAGAUCUGAUCAUCAUAGGAGAAAAAUAUUCAUUAUAUAGCAUAGAGUAUCAUUACUUGAAUGUUCUCAGGGAAGCAGCAUGUCAAAAAGCCUAGGUUCUACUCCUGGCUCCAUCAUUUACCAACUGUGUGACCUUACUUCACCUCUGAGCCUCGUUCUCAAUAAUAGGGAAACAACACUGACCUUGCCUACCUCACAGGGAUGUUGUGAGGUUUUAAUUGGUAUAUGUGAAAAUUCCCUUCAGAACUGUAAAGUGGUUUGUAACUCUAAGAAACUGUUAAUGUAUUUGUUCCGAGAUUAUUAAUAAAAAGUUGAACUUACCAUUUAUCUUUCAUUUUUUAUUUAAGGGAUUCAAGGAAAAUGAGUAAGAUCCAGUAACUUGAAGGUCCCAAAAGCAAUUAAGAUUUAAUGGGUGACUUAAAUUGUAAAUCAGGGAAUUGCCUGCCUUUAUUUGGAAGCAGCAUGUGACUCAGAGUAAAGCGAAGUAAAAUGAGUAUGGGUUAAAUCUGUUAAAAACAUACAUGCUGUCUUUGGUAAGAAUCCAUACACAUAACUGAGGCACUUGCUAGGUCAGCCAGUCUUCAAACGAAGACUGCUUUAUCUUGCAGAACUCCCUUCCCUAAUUAUGUCUACCUAAAAUAGCUUCUAGAAUGACUCAAGGCCAUUCUUGUCCUCUAGCUUCCAGGUGGAAUUUUUUUAAAGAGGUCCUGAUGGUAAAUGUGGGAAGGACAUUGUGGUCCCAUGUUCUUACUUUUACAAGUAGGAAACAAGUGUCUUUUAUCUGAUUAUGAAUAUAGGAAUACAGCCAGUAUGUUGGGAAAAGAGAAAACAUAAUGGACACGGAUUCUAAGAAGUCCAGAGUGAAGGGAAGUACUCAAGAGUUAGGAAAGACAACACUGAUCAGAACAGCAGGUACAAAGCAGUGUAUAAUAUACUGCCAUAUAUAUUUUUUAAUUCAUAUGUAUAUACAUACAUGGAAAUGUUUUUAUAUGCAUUAUGGAGCCCUAGACUGAGGGAAACCAGUCUUAUAGUGCCUGUUUCUAAAGAGGGAAACUGGUGCUAGGGGAGUGAGGUAGGAGAACGGUGUCUUCUCAUUUUAUACCCCUUUCUGACAUUUGUAUCAUGUGCUAGAGGGAAGUUUUGGACAUAAAAAGGAAAACAAGGGAAAUAGGGAACACUGAGCUUAACAGACUGAAUUAGUCAUGACACGAAGACUGCAAUUUCUCUGUACAGUCAUACACAUCUAUUAUCUGAAAGUUAAAACUGAAUCUGCUACACUUAUGCCUGCCUAAGUCUCUGCAGUAUUUUAUCAAUAAUUCUUAAUUCUGUAUUAAUCAGGAAGCACAUCCUUUUACUAUUCUAGUUCACGUACUCACAAGUUGUUAUAGGUUAUCUUUGUCAACUAGGUUGUGAAGGUUGUAAAUUCCUUCAGACAUAAAUGCUUUCUUAGAUUUCCUAGGCUAUCACAGGUAUUCAAAUGUUGUGCUUCCCCAUUUGUUUUCUCAAUUAAUAACCCAAAUAAAUGGGGAAUGAUCCUAGAAGCAGAGUCUACGAGAAAGUACUUAAAAGGUACAAUCAGAGAUGGAUGAAUGACUUGGCAGGUUUAUUGUAUUUAUACAAUUCUUUUAAUCCCUCUGUACAUAUGAAGUAAUAAAAUAUUGGGGGAAAGCUAACCGGUAGGGGAAGAAAGUUGAUCAUUAGUAUGCUCUAGUUCUAGCCAGGCUGCAACAUUAAUUUGCCGGAUCUAUGGGUAGCACCUCUUGGCCUUCUCUAAAAAGAACAAACUAGAAUUCCUGCUUCUCAUACCAGGGUAUAGUAUACCAUUAGGGGUAUGCAGAAACAUGGUACAUUUUUAAAUUAUCCAUAAUUAUGGGGAUAGUAUUAACGAAUUUUUUUUAAAAAAAUUCAAGCCUUCAGAAUGGUUUUGUUUAAAGCAACCACCAGAAAUUUCUUCUGCUCUUCUUUCCGGAGUUAAUCAAAUAAUCCUAGGCUAGAAGGAUCAUUUUUGUGGGAGUGAGGCACAAUGAAAAAGCAACCUGGAAUCAGACACACUUGGACUACUUGAAUCCCUGCUGUGGCCUUCAUAGCUCUGUGAGCCUCCAAGAAUUUAUUUCUCUUCAUAAAGGUGAAAUACACAUCUAAUGUAAAAUGUCCAGCAGAGAAAUUCUGAUUAAACGUGGCCUUUUGAAAUCCCAUGUUUACCUUUGCUCACUCCCAAAACGCCAUUAAAAUGACAGGGAAGAGGAAAGAAGGGAAAGUUACAAGGACAAUAAAUCAAUCAGGAGGACAUCAGAAUCACUUCACAGGAGGUAAAAGGAAUCCCCUACAGAGUUACCCCAAAGCAGUUUCUUCCAAAAGAGGAAAUCCCAGAACAGCUCUACAGCAAACCUGGAAGGCAGUAAGGGAAAACUGGAGUGAAGCAUGAGGACUCCAGGAGGGGAUUAUCUCUAAUAAAGAUGAACAGAUUUAUCUCAGCAGUCUGAACACACUGGGAACAAAUCAGUGUUAAGUAUAUAGGAAAAAAAAAA